AUGCCUAGCUCGCGCCUGGCGCCGACUUCCUCGUCGUCGGCCACAAAAACCUCCAUACACACGUUUUCUCCGGAAAAAAAUAUCUUUCACGGACCCCAACUUUACCCCACUUUACCGGCGAGCCCUAGUCCAGCCUUAGGCACGCACCUGUCGCUUCCCAAGAAUGUUGUCUACGAUCUGCCUGAAACAGCCCUAUCUUCGACAACCAACCACAAAAGUUCAUCGUGGCCCAGUCUUCUAACGCCUCCCAGAAACCUCUCUUUCGGCACCCCUGGCGAUAUUCUCAAGACGGUGGCAUCUCCUGCAACGCCGACGCCCGCGUGGCUCGAAUUACCGAUGUCAGAGCUGAUGUAUGGGGACGAUGGAGAGACGACAAGAAGAAGUGACUUUUCCCGCUCCCAAUCGAUGUCAAAGCUUCCACUCGGAGCCUCAUCUCUCUCAAUCGACACUAUGCCUCGCACCUUUGCCCAUUCGAGCCCUUUUCAUUCACCUAUCUCAGGUCUACUCAGCUCAAGGACAACCAGUAGUCUCUCUCCAACCGGCUUAUUUGGUCCAUUCGGUGAACCGGCGUCUUCACUCCCAAGUCUUUGGCACAGAAUGUCGUCCCCGCACUCGCCAGGACCAUUACUGGAUCGCAGUCCACUAUCACAGUACAUAUCCACAGACACCGGGAACGUGAAACCCUCACUGAUGGACGAUGUUUUCAUGGCCGACACCGAUCACCACACUGAACCGGUAAACUUGUUGUGGUCGUCUCCCCUCGCCGUUCGAGAAUCUUCAACGGCUGCACCUCCACCUCCGCUAGAAUCUCCCGACAAGUUGUUUACACCUCCACCACCCUCCCCACUGCCAAUGAAGCGCAAACGGGCUAUCGAAAAGGAGGAUGGGAUACAACGCCGUCCUAGUCCACCGAAACGAAGACGGCAGCUUUUGGACUUUGUUGACGUCCCUCCUGCCCCUUAUCCGAUUCCACGCGCGCCUCUAAAGACUCGUUUCAAUGUGCCGGAGAGAUCCAAGGUGGUGGUUGUGAGCAGGGGUGAAUCCGACCAUCGAAAGGAGAAGGAGAUACCCAAAAGUAGCAAGAGGUCGCGGUCCCGUCCUACGCUUUCGGAGGAUGAACAUGUCCUGUCCUCGAUGCCAAGGUCUUCCCGGCAGGGAAACGUAGAAGAAGAGUCUACGCAUAACAAUUUCGGUCUCGACUUGGCGUCUGUCAUGAAUGGAGCUUUAGUCCACAAUGCCCAACACGGGAACCCACAGCUACAUAAAGGACCAAAGCCACAGAAUACCACGAGGAAAAGGAAAAGGUCGAUUGAUCGUGUCGAUCGUGAACGAGUUGGCAGCCAGCGGGGGGAGAAACAUCCACGUGGGGGUAACCAGCUCACCAACGCAUUACCGGUUCCAACGAAAACAUCGGAAACGGACCAGCGUAUUGACGGACCAAUGAUGUCUUCAGCAAUAUCAACCGCACCUUUGGGAACCAAUCCAGCGCCAUUGAGUGCCCUGGCUCAAGUCAUGAAGGAACCAAUUCCUAGACGACGACCUCUUGCUUUGCAGGAGCACCCUAUCACGAUACAGAGGCCAGAUACCAGCCACAGCUUGCAUCGGUUGUUCACAAUUCAUUUUCGGAAACUUGGUCUCGACGUUGAGCCUGAAACAAUUGACCGUUGUGUCAUAAACGCAUCCGCGCCUUUGCGUCGCGCACCGGUCCCUUAUGCACCGAGUUCCCAAGACAUCGACCAGGACGCGUACACAUUUGGAAGCGAUCCCAGUUUCAUAGCGCGGCUUUGCAUACCUGAAGUUGAAGCUCCAACGACCGAUGUUGACCCGGAGCCCGCCUCGAGUCCAAGCUCUUCUUCACUACCACUGCCCGAGCAGAUUCAAAUUCCUCCACCUCAGUCCCCCGCUGAUCCAGCACCUGAUGAUGGUCAUGAUGCCGCAGCUCCCCUCCAAAUUGAGCUCGAUCUAAUGGCUCUGAUAACAACCUCGCCAGGAGCCAGCGAAAGCGCUACUCUGGACUCCGAGCCUCCGCCUCACGACGAACCGAUGCCAAUGUCCGAGAAAGCACGCGGUAAACAAAAAGCUGUCGACGUGUUGCCGAUACCUUCGCCGACGUCCGUAUCCGCCUCGUUCAUGUUCCCCUCGUACCAGCCCGCCUACAUGAACCGCAAAAAUCCUUCCCUUUUCAAUUCCAUUGAUCCCAGCGAUAUGGAUGCUAUCCUCGAAAAUACGAACGAUUACCCGGACCUGUUUGACCCUGAACCAGUUAUAUAUGGUGUUGGGGAGAACGAGGAGCCGUCUGGGAACGGAACUAUCGAUCCCGCUCUGCUAGGUGGCGGUGUAAAUUCGGAAUCGCAGCUACAAGUCCAUGAUUCAAUAUCCGACGAUGGAGACGAUUCCGCGAGCGACUCAGACGCUUCAUGGAUAGAAAAGUCACGUCCACAGCCAACUAAGCGGAUCGCCAAGGAGAAAGUACUUUCUGCCCAAUCGAGAGCGAAAAGUCCCGGCACUCCUUCAGAUGCGCCUGUUCUCGAGACUCCUCUUAAGAGAGGACCGAAGCCUAAGCCAAAGCCAAAGCGAGACAUCGCUCCGGGUUCCAAGCCUCACCAUUGGAAGACCAAAAAAACGAAGAACGUAGUCGGCGUGGACAGACCGGAACUCUUCAAUUCCGAUAGGUACUUUCGCUAUGACGGUCCUCCGUGGCCUCAGGGUGUUGGCUCUGUAUACUGCCAUCAUUGCAGACGAAAGAACAGUCAUCUGGUUGUCACCUUUGAUGUUUGUGGGCAUUCUUUUUGCAUCCGUUGCGUCAUGGUCAAAUUCCCACCUAACACCGUGCCUUUCGAAUCUCUCGCUCCAGAAUCUGAUUGUCCGAAAUGCGCUGGCACUUGCCCCUGUGAUUCUUGUUGCAAUCGUCGCGGCGAAGAAUAUCACGCUCUUGACGGGGUACAGCGCCGUCCGCCAGGCUAUGCUGUGCCCAAAUCACCUCCCGCUCCACGCACGCCCCACACGGCUAUCCCAGCAACUCCGGUCGUUCCGCCACCGCCGAAAAUCGACUUUGAGCUCCAGCAAAUGGUCAUUCGCCCCAUUGUGCCCUUUUCAAUUAUGUACAAUCUUGACGACCAACCGGUCGCAUAUACCUACUUUGACGUGGACGACACGGUCGUUUUCAACAGUGACAACACUGAUCAGGAUGGAAUAUACGAAGAAAUGGAACCCCGGCGCAAAAUUCGAACAGACGCGGUACUCGCCCGACGCAAGCCCUUCCGCAGGGUGUUCAUCGGGGCGGUCCAAGAGAGUUGGAAUCUCGGACCGAAUCCUACCAUCUUUAUCGACCCUCCCCCUCGACGUUAUAAGCGGGACGCUGUCAAAAAACGACGUUUUAUUGGUGUUGAUCCUGCGUUGGCCCGAUAUCCGCCUUUGCCCACUGCAAAUGAAUCGAUCCAGGCCGCAACCGAGACCAACCCUAUACCGUCGUUGUCUCUGUCCGAAGAAACAGUACCGCAGCCAGAGACCGGCUCGGGGCUGGUUGGCAUCUUAGUUGAUGUUUUAAGGGAGAAUUCAGCGGAUGCUCCUCUGGCUCAAGAAAGUCCCUUCAACCCCGACAGUGAUGCAAGCCCGUGUCUGUCCUCUUUACCAUCGCCACCAGCCCGCGAUGCGACCCCGGUCCAGGACUCCGAAGUCGUGUAG